UAUAAACAGUGCUGGUAUGAGUUCCGCUGGUUCUGAGUCAUAACUUGUUACUCGGUGGGAAUUUCAUACAUUUCAAACCAACGUUUUCGGACUAUGUGCUGGAAACUAACGCAGUGCUAGCGACCUCCAAUGAACCGACAUACCGAGGGUUCAGACGUGAGCUCCCCGCGGCCAAAAUGAGCUCUGUGCCGCUGAAGAGGACCUACAAGCGGCUGCCUGUUUGUGUUGUGGAGGACCACCACGACGUGGUGUGUCACAUCUACCGGGCCAUAGCUUCGAGGCAUCUCCCAAUGAAGGACAUAAAAAUGAUUCAUCUGGACUCCCACCCUGACCUCCUCAUCCCCGUCAACAUGUCUGCUGACACAGUGUUUGACAAGGAGAAGCUGUUUGGUGAACUGAGUAUAGAAAACUGGAUCAUGCCGAUGGUGUACGCCGGUCACGUGUCCUCUGUGGUGUGGCUGCAUCCAUACUGGGCCCAGCAGAUCAGAGAGGGAGAACACAGCAUGACUGUGGGCAGAGACUCGUCCACCACCACCAUCAGAGUGACCAGCACAGACAACUACUUCCUCAGUGAUGGUCUUUACGUGUGCGAGGAGCAGCUGGAGAACCCAAAGCGUUUCAGCCUGAGCGUGAUCCGAGUCGACCCUGUCAGGCCAGGUCACGGCUCGCUGACAGAGCAGAGAGCAGAAAAGGACACAGAGGGAUGUUCAGUCAAAAGAGCGAGAGCAGAGCGCAGGAAGUCUGGAGAACCCAGCAGCUCACAGCCUCCGUCAGCAAACACUGACUCACUGCAACCAGCAGAGGGCAGCAGAGCCGAGGACGGAGCUGACAGCACAGGAGGAGACGGUGUUGACGAUGAAGGAUCAACCGGCUACAUCGUGAGGAGAAUAUCUUCAUCUGUCAGUGAGACGGAGCCGUACGUUCUGGACGUCGAUCUGGAUUUCUUCUCCUGUAAGAACCCCUUCAAAGAACUGUACACACAGGUGUGUUUCAAGGAAACGCUGUUACAUUUUAAACCCCAGCCCACAGCAGACAGAGAGGAGCUCGGUGAGUGUGUAGAUCAUCGUAUACGCCAGUUAGAAGACCUGGAAGCAGCCUUUGCUGAUCUCCUGGAUGAUGAUGGAGAGGAGACGGUCACACGCUGGGCCACCAACCCUGGCAUGGAGUCACUGCCUCAACUGGUUUCCAGUCUAAAGGCAAGAAAUUCAUGCCCUGACUAUGAAAUGGUUCACCAGGCAGGGUUAACCUGCGACACAGUCGAGCUUCCUCAUCACAUCAGCUCUGAUGAAGAGAUCGGCAGACUGAUCUCAGCUGUGCAGCUCUUCCUGAAGGUCCUUCCCAAACCCACACUGGUGACGUUGUCCAGGUCCAGUUUGGAUGAAUACUGCCCAGUGGAGCAGGUGGAUUCGAUCCAGAGGAGAGUACUGGCUAUGCUGGAGGGCCUGUAUGGAGCACUGGACGUACACAAAGACUACGACAACAGCAGCACAGAGACCGAGCAGCUGCCACAAGGAUCCUAACAGAUACACAAAACCACAUCUCUCAUUGGGAUGAUUUCAUCAAGACAAACACAGCAGAUAAAAACACGUCAGCAUGUUAGUGUUGGAGUUUCACUUGGAAACAGGACAAAUAGUUUGGAGAUUUCCUCCCACGUUGUGUAUAAGUGGGGUCUGGAUCCUUUGUGCAGGACAGUGCAGGAGAGCCUUGUUGUGACUGAAUUCCUUCUUGCAAGAAUAAACUCAAA